UUAUUUUUAAUGAUAUAAGGGAUGUUUACAAAACACAUGGGCAGCCCACUCACUGACUCGGGCUAGAGGACACUGGAUCAUUUGAUUUAUUGUAUAGAUAGGCUUUGGAGAGAGGUUAACCAUUUUUGAUGCCAUAAAAGAAUCAAGUAAAAUGAGUCGAUUUCAAUCUCUAGUUUCUACGAAAUGGCUCUUUGAAUGCAUAUCCAAUUCAAAUGGAUCUUCCAAACUUAGAAUAUUAGACUCAACUUUCCAUCUUCCAAAGGCCAAUAGGGAUGCAUAUGGAGAAUUUAAACAGAAACAUAUUCCUGGGGCCCAGUUUUUCAGCAUUACAGACUGUUGUGAUCAUUCCUCAGAGUAUGAGCACAUGUUGCCCAAGCCACAGGAUUUCGCUAAAUAUGUUGGAGAUUUAGGAAUAAACAAUGAUACCCAUGUCAUUGUGUAUGAUGCUUCAGACGGUUAUGGGUUUUUCUCUGCCCAGAGAGCUUGGUGGAUGUUUCAUGUUUUUGGACAUGAGCAGGUUUCAGUUUUGAAUGGAGGCUUUAAAAAAUGGUGCGAAGAUGGUUAUGCUACAAGUGACAUUAUUGAGAAAGUAAAAAAGGAUACUUUUAUUCCCAAGUUUAGAGAAGAAUUGGUCAAAAGUUUUGAAGAUAUAGAGAGAAAUCUAAAUGAGAAGUCUUUCCAAAUAAUUGAUGCAAGGGGUUCAGACAGAUUUAAUGGAACAGGCCCUGAGCCAAGACCAGGCAUAAAACCAGGACACAUUCCAUCGGCAAAGAAUAUUCCUUAUGGAACUGUUGUGGAUAAGACUGCAGGGACCCUGAAAUCACCAGAGGAACUCAAGGAAAUGUUUGUUUCAUCAGGGAUAGAUCUCGAGCAACCGUUGGUGGCAUCCUGUGGCUCUGGUGUGUCUGCCUGUGUCCUGUCCUUUGCAGCCUUCCAGCUGGGGAAGACUGUACCUGUGUAUGAUGGAGCCUGGGUAGAAUGGUACCUCAGAUCAACCCCAGAGCAAAGGGCAAACUGUCCAGAGGACACUGUUUGAUUUAAUAACUGUGUCUAGUCAUUAUGAAUAUGAUCAUAAGACUUGGGUGCAUGGUUGAUUUGAAACAUAACCCCCCCUCCCCUGCAUGAACCCUCUCUCAAGCACUAAAACUCCACAGAUAUGAUUUACAGUCCCCAUGGGUUGUAUUCUUCUAUUUAUUUUGAUUGUUUUGGGGGGAAAGGGGGUAGGGGAAUCAUGGUUAAUUGUUCCAGUGAUAUAUAAUAUGAUUAUAAAUAUGCUCAAAAACCAACUUUGUACAUCUAAUUAUGUCAAUUCUAAAAUUAUCUUGUAAUACUUAUUACUAACAAUAAUAGUAAUGAAAUUUACCACCUGAUAUAAAUGUUUACAGUUAAAUUAUAUACAUGUAAUUGUAUAUGUAUUAAAAUAACAUUUUGUUUGUUACAGAUUGUUGUGUAAUAUAUCAAUUAAUUUGCUUUAAAUGCAAUUAAUGCUUUUAACUGCAAAGAAAGUGGUUGCUGGCAGACUUUAAAAGUUGUAAUGUGUCGACUUUGUUAUAAUCUUGUUAUUAUACACAUGUAUUAAAUUGAUACUAUGGACAUGUUGAAUUUAUUCUGUGUUUAUAUUUGAAAUAAAAAGGUGAUAAAAAAUG